UCUCUCUCUCAACCCUCUCCGAACCCUAAUUUCUCUCAACCGAUCGAAUCAAUCUUCUUCAGCCCCAUAUGAUUCAAUCUCAGAGCGAAUGGUGAUUCAUCUUAGAUCCAAUCUCAGAACGAUUAGCGAUUUCGAUUUUGAGAUUUCGAAGCUCCACCACUUCCACCAUCUGUACCACGAGGUGAACGAGCACCAUCUACUAAGGCUUUGAGGAAUCCUCUAGUCAUGAUGAAAGAAAAGAACUCCAAUCAGAUUAUGAAAUCUCGGAGGAUGAAAAGAGGACAAGAAUUGGGAGUUUGAAGAAGAAAGCAGUUAAUGCAUUUAAUAAAAUUAAGCAUUCUCUUAAGAAGAAAAGUAAAAGGAAAAACGAGAAUCAGACUUCAGUUUCAAUAGAGGAUGUCUGGGAUGCUAAACAGUUAAAGGUUGUAGAUGCUUUCCGACAAGAACUGAUCUCAAAUGACAUGCUACCAGCAAGACAUGAUGAUUAUCAUUUGAUGUUGAGGAAGUUUGGUACUAAGAAAACAAAGCACAUGUGGGCUGAAAUGCUUCAAUGGAGGAAAGACUCUGGUGCUGGCACUAUCAUGGAGGAUUUUGAGUUCAAAGUGUUGAAUGAAGUUGUACAACACUACCCACAGGGUUAUCAUGGUGUUGAUAAGAAGGGAAGGCCCAUAUACAUUGAAAAACUUGGAAAAGAUGAUCCAUACAAGCUUAUGGAAGUGACAAAUUUGGAUCAGUUUGUGAGAUACCAUGUGCAAGAAUUUGAGAAAACUCUUACUAUCAAGUUUCAUGCCUGCUCUAUUGCUGCAAAAAGACACAUUGAUUCAAGUACAACAAUUUUAGACGUUCAUGGCGUGGGUUUUAAGCAGCUAACUAAACCUGUAUGAGAAGUCAUUAUGCUGCUGCAGAAUAUUGAUAAUGACAACUAUCCUGAGAUAUGAUUUAGAAAUUUGUUGUGCUUAGAAUCGUCUCACCAAGAUACACACUUGCCAUCUUUACGCUGUUGUUCAUUUGAAUUUUGAAUUGUAUAUAUCCCCCUGAAAGAUGGAUCACUUUUGGAAUUAUAGUUUUGCAGACACUUGGUCGUAUGUUUAUUAUAAAUGUUGGUUCUGGCUUUAGGCUGCUCUGGAACCCAGUGAAGGGUUUCCUUUAUCCCAAAACAGCUACGAAGAUUCAUGUUCUUAGCAGGAAAUUCC